GCCAUCACAAUCAGCAUCAUGUCAUUUAGUGAGAAUAUAUGUGGUUGGGGGCAGCUAUUUUGAGGGGUUGAUGGGAGGGUCACCGUACAGUGGUCGUGAGGAAGUGUGUUUAGGGAAAAGGCGCCGUGUUCACAUUUCGCCGAACACAGGCGACAUCGGUGAACCGGGGAACAUCUAUCGUUCGCCUUUUCCGAGUUUGUUGGGGUCUUCUCCGCUCGCUGUGCAGGCGGUUCGUAAUCCGUCCGUGCAUGACAGUGUGCUUAGUGCUCCAUUGUUGUCGUCCCCUCUCCUCCCUAGACGGCUGGACUACGGGGCGACUGUCCCUGUGGCUCCAGUUUGGACACAUGCGGUGGGCCCGACAUGUCUAGCUGGUGGCGCUGCCAUCAUGCCAUUCUGGGACGAUGUGGCGAUGCAGACCGUGUGCAGACUUCGCAGCUACGACUCGUCGGUACGUUGGCCAAUUCAGAAAGCUAUACGGGCCGAGUUGGGCGGCACCAUAGUUGCUGCAAUCUCGGCGACAUUGCCGUCACGAAAAAGUGGACCGGAUUUUCGGUUGGGAUAUGUGUCGACACAGGACGGCUCGCAAAGCUCGUUCCCGCGGUCAAGGCAUGGUUCGCAACGUAGUGAGACAGGGCGUGGUCGGCCCCACAGUGCAGAUCGCUCCACUGCGGCGCCUGCACACCCACAGACGUGGUCAGAUUGUUGGGACGGUGUGUCGCAGUUUGGUCCCGUCCCCGACCGUGACUCUGUUGAGGAGGCGAUGGGAUUGUGGGUUGGACCGAAAGUACCUGAUGUUGUGCUCCUCGAACCGGUGAAGAUGCUUCAAUUGUUAGGAUUGUUUCAUUUGUAUUGCUUGUGGCAUGGUGACGUAUGUUGUGUGCACGUGGAAUCCAUAUCAUAUCCUGCCCAGUUGUGUCAACUGAUUCUUGUUUGCGAUCGCCGAUGUAAAUGGAUGUGGCACUCAACACUUGUGACAACAAAUGUGUACUUCUCUCGAUUGCAACAACAACUGUAUUAUGCGACAGUUACUACGGGAUUGACGUACACACUCCUGGACAACUUUUUGUGUGCGUUAGGGAUGUGCUCGGUGCACAAGCCCACGUUCUACAAGUUCAUGCGCAUAGAGGUUGAUAUGGCGAAGGGGUGGAAUUCAAAGGUUUGCAGGCAAGGACUGCAAUAUUGCCAGUUGGCAAUAGAUACCGUAAUGCGUCGUGGGGAGUCAAUCACUCUAAUGGUUGAUGGUUGGUACGACUCGGCCAGAUUUGCGCAAUAUUGCAUUGUCACCCCCAUCGAGUACGAGACUCGCCUUGUCGUGGGUGUACACACGCUCCGUCCCAAAGCGGAGGGCAAGGCGUCAAAUGCACUCGAGGUGCCGGCCGUCGUGCGACUUUUGCGAGGUCUGCUCAAAAGGGGGUUGAAGAUUAGGUGCGUCGUCUCAGAUGGUUGUGCGGCAUUGGGGCCGCAAUUGCGAGCUAUGAAUAUUGAGUGUCAGAAAGAUUAUCACCACAAAAUAAAGAAUAUUCGCAAGCACUUCAGGUUUAUGUUGAAGCUAAAGGUUGCAAAAAAAAUGAGUAACCGUCAUCGGUGCGUGUCGGAGUCACGGUUCAUGAACUUUACGAAGGAGUUAAUGGAGGCUUUGAAUGCCCGAUUCGAACCCGGUACUUCGACAUUGAAGGAAGAGUGGUUAAAGAAAUUGGAAUUCGUCGCGGUUGUGAUGCAGAACAUGUACCCAUACGGUUCGAUGACGAACGACCAACAGUUGAUUGUUGAUCCAGACGGUGUGACGGAGUUCCAUGUGCACGAGGUUGGGAUGUGGUUCCUCCGCGCUUGUGAGCUUUGCAGGAACGAGGGUGGAGACGCUGACAGUUGCACCACGACAUCAUGAUGAUCGUCGAUCAUUGGGCUGGCGAUUAUUCAAGGUGCAUCGGCGAAAGGCAGCUUCUGCACGAGAAGGCAGGUGGCCCGGGACGAUU